GACCUGUUGGAAACCGGCAACGCCCCCAACCACACAUCCACACUCCCAUUGGCGUUGUCAACUUGCGGAGGGCUGUGUGACGACUGCCGACUUGCCUCUUCCAAGUUCAAGACCUUGCUUUCCAUCGACAGACGACGACCAAGAGCAAUGCAGAGACAUCGGCCUUCAUCAACAACCCAUUGAGCGUCGACUCGGCCGCUUCUUCGAACCAUUCCAUACACACCAUCAAACAUAUCAAACACCAGCCAAAAUGCCUGUACCACACUUACGGAUACCAAUCCGGCCUUCUCACCCGUCACAGGAGCCCAAUGCCGUUGCAAUGGCAACCAGGUUAUGGCCACGCGACGACAAUGGUCCCUCCUCCCAGAAGCCCACGAAAACUAGCAUUAUUGUCGCUCUCGUCGUCGCCGUAAUCGUUCUAAUAUUAUCCAUCACCCUCACGUUACGCGCCAUCCGCGCCAGGCAUCCCAAUCCAAAAUACAUACCCACGCCCUUCUUCAAGCGAUUAUGGACCAGUUGGAAGGUCCCGGCCGUCAAACAUGCCUAUGCCCAGGCCGGCAUCGACGAAGAGUAUAACAGCCACAACCGGGCAAACCAGGACGACAUGGAGGAGGCACUCAAUGCGGUGAACGCUCGGACCGCCGCAGCCGGCGGGACAGGAGCGGCAGGAGGAACGACAGCUGAGGUGAACCGUAACCAGUCGAUCCGCAGCAUCAUGACACUCCCGGCCUACCGACCAGCCCCUGCCGAGAACGAGCGAGUACUAGGCAGAGAGGGCGAGCGCGCUGGUAUCGAUGUCGUGGUGGAGAUGCCGACUGCCGAGGACGAGGAGCACCUGCGCGACGAGGAAAUGGAGGCGUUGUACCAAAUUCGUGUGGCGAGGCGACGCGCAAACCAGGAGCGGGAGGAGCGGCGACGACUUAGGCAAGAGGCCCGGCAAACCCAUAACACUGCAGCUUUGCGCCAGAUUAGAGAACAGGCGCGGGUCCAGACGACGCGGAAUACCGAGGAGCUGGAGGUGCUUCGUGAGGAACACAAUCGCAUCAGGGAGUUGCGAUCGCGCGCGACGAGCAGCGUACAGUAUGCGGACUUGGGUGUCGCCAGGGCGGACGGCACGCGCAUCCGGGCUAACAGCACGGAAAGCGAGAGGGUCGGUUUGCUAAGCGACGCGGCAAGCAUGUCGGUGUCGCAGCAGGGGGGAAGGCCUACAAGUAGUACUUCAGCUGCCCACCAUCGGAGAGGUUCGAGCUCACUCAGUGUCGACACAUCCAGGUUGGGUGAUCAAUUCCUCGAUUCGCCGGCUAUAGCAACACCCUUGACUGGAGCGGGCGGUAGCAGCACGUUCAGCAUUGUUACUCGCAACAGCCACGAGCGCGGAAGAUCGAUAUCGAGGUCCAGGGCAAACUCGGCUGCCAAUACCCCGCGCGCUGGAUCCAGCCCCGAGAUGAUCGAUGCCGACGAUGCUGACCUGGGCGCUGUCAACAUGCCACCCCCACCAGGGUACGAAGACGUUCGCUUGGACGACUUGACUCCCUUCCGAUCUCCGGUUGCCUCUGCCGCUGUAUCUGGUAGGAACAGUCCCACAAGUCUGACGCCACUGCCGUACAACGAGCCACCUCCGGAAUACCCCGGUCCGUCACCAGCGCUUGCCCCAUUAGCCGAAGAGACUUCUUCGAUGUUGUCGUCCCCUACGCGCACGGAUGGAGGCCGGACGCUUGCUCACCAGAGGAGCAUCUCAGGUGGAGCGGGUGUCGGAGCCGGGAACCUACCGACCAGGUUGCCAAGUCUUCGUCUCGACUCAGUGCCGCUCAUCGUUGUCGAACCCGAAGAGGAGAGCAGGAUAGAGAGCAGCAACAAUAAUGCGGCCACCACAGCGGAAUCGACAUCUGCACCAUCGAAUACCACGACCGAAAGAACCCCCCAAGCAGAGAGUAGCACAGCUCGGACCUCGGUGUCAGAAAGCAUCCGGACAUCAACGGAGAGUGACUCGGGCGAGGAAACACUGGUAACGACCAAGGGCAAAGAGCCAGAGAGAAUCGUCCAAAUAGAUGAACAGGUGGAGAAAGAAAAGGGAAGUGGAAGCGGCACUGUUACUGCGGAUAUCAGUCGCGCGGAGAGCACUAGGAGUACGACAGCGGCGAGAGAUAAGGAGAGUCAAAGUCCUCCUGUAGGGGAAGGGAUGAAUGGGAGUUCGGCUAGGAUGACAACGGGCGUGGAUCCAUGAGAUCAGGUAUUGGACAUUGAGGGAGGGGGCUGACAAGGAAUUAUGAUGAGUGAUGUAUACCCACGACUCGAUUCGUAUAUAUACUGGAGAAAUGACUAUGGGAU